UGUAUUUGUGUUUUCGUAUUAUUGGACGAAGUAUUACCUGCAUUGGUAUGCGUAGCCAACCCACACAUGUAUUUAUGUAGUUACGUUCGAGGGUCGUAUAGUUAUAACUAAGAAGACUGUGUUGUACUGCCGAUGUGCUGAACGUGUUCGCCUGGUUUUUAGUUUGAUUGAACGACGAGAAUGUGUAAACAUUGAUUGUUCGACGCAUAUCAAAGCACGCGUAAGUACUUCACACAUAUGAGCUGCCAGAUAUAUGCAAACGAUCAAGAAUGUCAUACCCAACACCAACUACGGUAUCUAAGUGAAUCUACCGCUGGUUUACUGAAAAUCCCCUCUAAAUGCACAUAUUAAUACACCACAAUGCCUACCUCCUUCUCAACCAAAGCGGCAUUUCUGUGCAUAUUUAAUACGCUACUGAGUAUACUUCUACUCGCCAUCUCUUGUGUGUUUGCGCAAGUACAAUACGAUCCCUCUCACUGUGCACUGUCCAGUGAUUUUGCAGCAUGUAUAGUACCGCCACCCGACACCGAUGGGGAUGUCGCCUGCUUACAGUCACUCACUGAUGCGAUAACCGAGUACCAGCUCAGAAGCAACGAUGCGCCCGGAACUGCCCUCUACUUACAACGCAAUCUGACCAUCACACGACAGGUCAAUUUCGAGACCACCACCUUAGAGGUCAUUGUGUUUGGUUGUGGUCACGUAGUCACAUGUGAGGGUAAAGUGGGGUCGGAUGGACGCCCGCGGCAGACGGGAAUCAACAUCUAUGGUGGCAUUUCCAACACUAUGGGGCAGAAUUCAUUCGCCGAGACCGGUGGGGUACAGUUCGCCGACCUCACGCUGACCGGUUGCAACAAAGGGAUCUGGGUAUUGCUCCCCACUUCAGCAUCACUGACUCUUCUCGAGAAUGUGCACAUCACCAAGUGCUCCCAGUCCACUGGAGGCAAUGGCGGGGCUGUGUAUACCGUUGGCAAGCUGACUGUGCUCAACAGCACCUUUGAUCUCAACGAGGCCAGGGAUCAGGGAGGCGCGCUGUAUUCCAAAAACCAUAUGACCGUUGUGAAUUCUGUAUUUCAAGAAAACGCAGCCGGCGGACGAGGAGGGGCAUGCUUCUCCGAAGGUGUUAUGGAAGUGGACAACUCGACAUUCGAACACAAUGUCGCACAACUCGGUGGUGCAAUAUACGGUAAAGACGUAUCCAUGGUGGCCAGAUCUCGAUUCGAGUUCAACGUCGCUGGUCAAGAUCAAGGACUGAAUAACGAUGUACAUUCGGGAAGUGGCGGCGCUAUUUUUGGCUACGGUGAUGGUGAUAUCCAGAAUUGCACCUUCAUGAACAACACGGCAUCUCGAUACGGAGGCGCGCUGAGAUAUCUUGGCAACCUAUCGGUGAAUGAUACCGGCUUCUUCAACAACACCAUCUCAUUCGUGACUAAUGAUCUGGAUGUUCUGGGCGGCGCCAUACGCGUGUUCUGGUCGCUUAUAGUUAUAGGAAGUACGUUUAUUGAUAAUAGCGUUCGGGAUGACGGCGGGGCCGUUUUCUGCGAAAAUAGGGUUUAUGCCCAGGACUGUCAGUUCCUGAAUAACGUUGCCGGCCAAUCCGGGGGAGCGAUAAGGGCUCGUUUUGUGGAAACAGUAGGAGGCACAUUCGACAACAAUACAGCCAGAGAUGGGGGAGCCAUGUACAGUACUAAGGUCGUGGAACUGCAGGCAACGUCAUUCAGUCACAAUGUCGCGACCACGGCCGGCGGAGCAGUCUUCUUAGGGGAUGGUGGGCAUUUGGAGGCUUGUACGUUCAAGGCCAAUAUAGCGUCCAUCGGUGCUGCAGUGAACUCUAUUGGUCUCAAAUUGACUGUCCGUAAUAGCGUGAUGAAGCAGAACUCAGCGCCCCAGCAAGGAUUUGUCACGGCAAUUAUGAACCACGGCCAGGGCACAUUGGAGUUGACGAAUACAUCAAUAUUAGAUAACACAGCCUUCGAUAUAGGGCUUGUCAAUUCGAUUGAUCUGCUCAUGGUCGACUGCCUCGUGAGUGGAAAUGUAGUCACUGGUAAUGGGCCGCAUAUCAGCGCAUCCCACUAUGUCAGGUAG